UGGACAACCACAGUACAGACGAGUCUGCGCAUGCAGAGUUGUUGAUGUCUGCGUCGGCCGUGUUCGGCUCAAUAUCCAAGAGCCAUUCACAGCAACGGUCGCCCAAGGGCGGGCCAAGCACAGGCACUGUGUACCACGACGCAGUCACCGAGCUUACUGAGG